GGAGGGAAAAAUAGUAAAGAAGAGAAGAACAAAAAAAAACACUUCUUUUGACGGCAGCUUGCUUUCUCUGCCCAUAACGCGCAUCAUUACUUGUUCCUCUACUUUGCUACCCACAAUGCAUUUUCUCCAUGACGUACUACUUUACUAGAUUCAGCAUGGCUUCUCGAUCAUUUUUAUCAAGUUUGUGCAUUCUGUCUGAGAUUGUGCAUCCUGGGGCCCAUAACAGAAUUAUCUUACCCAUUGACACUUUGCCUUUUAUGAAGAAUUAUACACACGUAGAGACAUAUUGUGGUUUGAUUCCUCCAAUGUUACAAUAACGUAUUGUACUAGUAAUACUACGUCGCUCUAUGUUUCUCUUAUUCAUUUUGAAAUCGCUGUUCAAUGUAUAAUAAUAAACUAUCUUUUUUACUGCAGUAUUCAAGUAUACCGUGAUAUUUGAACACAUAUACAUCAGCUUUCAUUCAAAGAUACUGGAUUUUGCCUUUUUUAUAUACAUGACAGGUUCAGUUCUUCGGUUCGAUUCUUCGGUUCUACGGUU